AUGGCCUCCUUCACAAGACCUGCCUCAAACCUUAUCGAAUUACUAAGUGAUAAGUCGCAGAGCCCGAACUUGACCAUAGUAGAUACAGUUCUUUUUCACCUCGGCAUCGCAGAUAUAUACUCAUUGCACGCAUCAUGCCGAUCUCUGCGCUGGUUGGUGGAUUACAUGACGGAGUCACCAUGCCUGCUCAACAUCACGAGGCAAUUGCAAGCUUUUGUCAACGACCCGAUGCGCUUCCGAAAGGAGCUUGGAGAACAUGACGGGCUCAUUGCAGGAGACUUUGUCCGCAACUUCUUCGAAUUUCAUCGUUGGGAAGUUAGCUCUCUGCUUCUAUAUAUUAAACGGGGACCCAAAUGCCAGGGUUUUAUUAAGUAUCUGCUUGCCCAUGAAGGAUACAGAGCCGACUCGGAACAAAAAAUAUUCCGCCGUGACAAUACCCCGGAUCUGUAUAUUGUCAUCAUGGCUACGCCCGAUUCUCCCAUCGUGGAAAUCAUCAACAAAGCUCUUACGACGGCUGGUUUGAAUGUUAUAUCUUGGAAUAAAGCCUACUCCCUGCUUCCAGUUCCAACCGUGGUAUUUCACAAGUUUUACCAUCUCAAACCCUUCGACAAUGCCCUUGGCAAAUCACUCCGGGAACGGGCCAAAUGGGGUUGGACGACAAGGGACAUGCUUUGGCCUGAUUUGACAACUCGACUCAUUUCUCGCAAGGAAUGUCAUCAGAUUGGCGGACCAAGCUCUUUAAUCAUCAAACUUGGAAAUGAACCACCAGGAGACUACACUCCUGACCAUGUCCUCGAGGGGAGCGUCUAUUCCGUGGUAUGGAAGUUGAUGGAUACUGAUCGGCACUUAUCUGUUACUAUGCAGCCCGGGCCUGUUUCCUGUGCACUUCGUUAUGCAUACGCAAAUGGCGAAAUCGGUCGUGGGUGCAAAGACUGGGAAAGAUUCUUGUGCGACCGGUUAGACCGUUGGACUUAUGUCGAGAUAGCCAAGAUGGACCGUGAUCAACAGCCACAGGGGUUCUACCAUAUGGCACCAGGGAAUUAUCGCGUCCGUAUUCCUGCCGGAUACCAACUGCCCGAAACGUGGGACUAUGCAGACGACCAGAUAAUUCCGUGGUUUCAAGAAUGGGAGGGAAGUUGGACAAUGAAUAACCAGUACUAUGGAAGAUGA